AUGACCGCUAGCUCCUUCCUAGCCCCCAACCGCUACAUCACAGAUAACAACGAUGAUGGCGACUCCUUCUUCUCUACUGCAUUAUCAACCAAUAUACCAGUUGCCGAUGGUAUCCCGGGCGUCGUCCAAAGACUCGCAUACACCACAGAGCCGCCUCCGGUGCAGCUCAGCGACGAGGCCGACCUCCAGUCCUACCAAAAUGCCCUGAACGAGAAGCCCGCUCUGGUGAAAUCCAACGGCGGCUCGAACUUCUGGUAUCUCGACAUGCCUCCAGGCUUGGAAAGCCCCAUGCAUCGUACCGUGAGCGUGGACAUCGUCAUCUUGCUGAAAGGGGAACUGGAGCUCACACUGUCGAGCAACGAUACCCGUAUAAUCAAGCCCGGCGAUAUGGUGCUCCAGAGAUCUACGCUGCAUAAGUGGAGAAACACGAGUGAUACUGAGUGGGUGCGCAUAUUUGCUGUCAUGACUGGAUGUCAGCAGGUGAAGACCAAGAACGCUGGGGAGCUUGGCGAGUCGUUCCUAGCUUAUUAG